AUGUUGGGGAUCAGGAACCAGCUCUACUUUGGAACACGCUCGACCAUCCUUCGCGUCGUAUCUUCUUCCUCGCGACCAACUGUACCCCUUUGUGUGAACCACAACGGCCUCCUUCCGGGAUAUCUCCCAUCAAACACAAGAUACUACGCCCAAAUGGCGACCAAGAAUGUCGUGACCAAAGCAAUUCCAGCUACAGCCGCUUCCACCGCAAGGACCUCACUCUCGAAUCGAUCCCAUACAUCGCAGCAGGCUAUGCCUAUUCGGCAAGUCGGAACCCUAUCUCUGUCUACUGUUGCAGCAGAGUCCCCUUCCUCUGCCGCACCUGGGACGAUAACACCCCUACUGAAUGCUAGUUCAACCAGUUUUAAAUCAAAGGUCUCAAGGGCAGCACUUGAAACUAGCAGCCGCCCGAAAGGAUCCAAAUCCGCCUAUGUUCUGGUCUCGGCUGGGCUUUCAUCCAACAUGCGUGCGCCACCGUCACCACCGCAUCCAGAAUCGUUAUUUAAUUCUGUUUCUUUUCCUCGGAUCUCUCCGCAAGCUUGCGGAGGAUCAGAGUCCCUCCCGUUCCUUGACUUUCGGACCAACGGCUCGAGAGAAGUGUUCUAUACAAAAAGCGACGAAGAGGCCGAUCUCUGGCUAAAAUCCAGCAAGACAAAAAUGUGGGCACUGGACGCAGAAUGGAAACCAUUUGCGGGCUACAAGAAGCAGGGUCGGAUUUCUCUAAUCCAGCUCGGGGACAACAAGCACGUCUACUUAUUUCAUGUGAUCCACAUGAAGAAGUUCCCGCAGGAGCUUGCUCGCAUUCUAGGCGACGAAAGGGUUCUGAAAGUCGGGAUCAAUGUCGGAAACGACGGAAAUAAGAUCAUGAAGGAUUGGGACGUCGGCUGCACAAGCCUAGUAGAGCUGGGGGCACUUUAUGUCCAGACCAUGGAGGAUCUUCCAAAUCAGCGAAAGAUUCGCAGCAUGGACAGCCUUGCAAGAGAACUGCUUGGUCAUUCGGUGGAAAAGGUUGCACUGACCAGGAUGGGAAAUUGGGAGAGUAAGAAUUUGUCCUCUAGUCAAAUGGCCUACGCUGCCAACGACGCUUUUGUCACCUACGAGAUUGCGGACAAAAUUAAACAGUUGCAGACUAGCCGACCUCAGGCUUAUGUAGUGCCUCUCAUGACCAUCGGUGCGGCGGGCAAGAUGGUUGUCACAGUCCGCGGGACGUUACAGGAACGAGAAAAUAGCCCCGCCUCACCUAUGGAUAUUGUAGAGACACAGUUACGCUCGACGACGGAAAAGAAGGACAGCGCACCAACCACAUAUCGGUCCGCAACACCCGAUAGUAUUCAAAAGACCUCGCAGACGUCCCCUGCAAAACUCGCCAAAGUGGCGCCGGCAUCGAAGUGGCGCAGGAAAACUCCAGUGCGGGCAGCGUAUCAAGCUGGCGGAGAAUCGGCAGUGUCACUUUGGUCAUCAUCGCCAACUCUAGAAAAAGCGGAGGUGUCCAGCAGCAUAUCCAGUCCCUCCCCAAAAGCACCCGCUUCCAAAACAAUAGACACAAAGAGGGAUACUCGGACCAGCACAAGGCUCUCGUCCUUGAACGAAGAUACCAACUUUUUCUACCGAAGUAACGUCAAAACAAAACAGGCGAUUCACUACGGAAGCAGAAGUGUCGUGACGAUUAUACCCGCGAAGAAGCUGCAGAAACGAUCGUUUUCACAUUCCUAUUGCAUAUCCCAGAGCGCUCCUAUGGAUCGCAACGAAAUCCAGGACACGAUAGCGGACAGGCAGAGUAGCAGGAAGGCAGGCGAUGUUUUCAUAUCAACCCGGCUUUUACCAGAGUCGCUAGAGGGGAAGGACAUUCUCGAGCUGGUCUCUUUUAAGGGGCACUAA